CCGGCGCAGACCCGCGGCGGGCGGAAGAAGCCGCUUGGGACGUUCCUCUUCCGCUUCCGGGGCGCGGGCUGCGGGCAGCGGCGCUAUGAGCGCGGUGGCAGAGGCGGAGGGGCCGCGGGGCUCUACGUGCGCGGUGUCCGCCCCGCCCGCGCAGUCCCCGCUGCGGCACGUGCGCUACGAGAGCCUGGUGGCGGGGCUCAGCGGCGGCGUCGUCUCCACGCUCGUGCUGCACCCGCUUGACCUGGUCAAGAUCCGCUUCGCCGUGAGUGACGGAUUGGAAUUUAGACCAAAGUACAAUGGGAUUCUGCACUGUUUGACCACGGUCUGGAAGCAUGAAGGACUACGUGGCCUGUACCAGGGGGUUACUCCAAACAUGUGGGGGGCAGGUGCUUCCUGGGGCCUGUACUUUUUCUUCUAUAAUGCCAUCAAAGCCUACAAGAAGGAGGAGAAGCUAGAAAGUCUUAGUGCAACCGAACACCUAGUGUCAGCUGCAGAGGCUGGAGUCAUGACCCUUUGCAUUACAAACCCAAUAUGGGUAACGAAGACACGGCUUGUGUUACAGUAUGAGGCUGGUGUUGAUCCGUCAAAGCGUCAGUACAAAGGAAUGUUUGAUGCUCUUGCAAAGAUAUACAAGAAGGAGGGCAUACGUGGUUUAUACAAGGGAUUUGUGCCUGGUCUGUUUGGAACUUCACACGGUGCACUUCAAUUCAUGGCAUAUGAGGAUUUGAAAACAAGAUACAAUAAAUAUAAAAACAGACCAUCAGAUACAAAAUUGAACACUGCAGAAUACAUUACAAUGGCAGCACUAUCCAAAAUAUUUGCUGUGUCAGCAACAUAUCCAUAUCAAGUAGUACGAGCUCGUCUUCAGGAUCAGCACAAUACGUACUCUGGAGUGGUUGAUGUUAUAUGCAGGACAUGGAGGAAAGAAGGAGUUCGAGGAUUUUAUAAAGGAAUUGUUCCCAAUGUGAUCAGAGUGACUCCUGCCUGUUGUAUUACCUUUGCAAUGUAUGAACAUGUAUCUAGUUUUUUGCUUGGUUUAAAAAAGGAAAAUAAUUAAACGUAGGCAUUUGCAUCAAGAAAAAAUUAUCUUUUGUCUUAAAGUGUUUUUUCAUCUAGGGCAAAUAUUGUACACAAAUCUGUCUUGCUUGUGGAUUGAUCUAGUGAUUUGAUGAGAGAAUUUGGAGACAGCAGCUCUAGCUUCCUUGUCUUGUGUGGCAGUGUCUGUCCCCAGAUCACUCCAUUUACCUCUUCUCUGUGAAUCAACCUCUGAGUGGAACUGAAAUAACAUGGUGGCUGGAUAAAAACAGUCUUGCAACAGCUCUGAUUAUCUCAGUCCUUUGAACUGAUCCCUCAAAAAAGGAAAGGGAGCUAACUUCUACUUCUCUCUAAUGAAGUUGCUGGUGUCCACAGUGUAGUGUCAAAAUUUUGAUGGCUUUCAAAUCUGCUAGUGCAGGUCCUCUGUCUGCUGUCUCCUUGUGAAAUCGUAUAUACACUUCUCAGUGAAAUUCAGGAUCUCCUAAAUCCUGACAAAUUGCACAGAUAAGUUUCAUUGCUUAGAAUGUCCCAAGCCAGUGUCCUCCACUGCAGCAAGGGUUGCAUGAGAUGAGGCAGCUGGGUACAGUAUAAAAAGGCAGAGAUUCGGUUUUCUCCAGUACAGCGUAGUGGGAGGGGCAUGCUAUCUACUCGGCAUGUUUCAUAAUCUGCUGAAGUCCCAGUUUUAGGAUAACACCCACAGUAUCUUGCAAAAUGGGGCAUUUCUACUGCAUCAGACCAAAGUCAUUUUAAUCUGUCACUGGCCAUCUACCCCACUUUUUCUUCCUAUCUUUGUUAAUGCAUUACAUUUGAACUCUGGGAUGAGCUAAUAAAUGGAUGUUUAGAUGGACUUAAUUUUAAAAAACAAAACUUGGUGCUUAUUUUUGUAAAUUGCAUUUUUCCAAUAUGGAGUAUGGCUUUUUCAGUGCAGAUCAUCUUUCUUUUGAGCAUUAUGGUCUGACAGCUCAGUAGAGUAUACAUGUCCUUAUGUGGUCUCAAAACUAGCUUGAACAGGGGAAGGCUUUUUUUAUUUAAGAAUAAAACAACAGAUGCUUUCUCUUUUAUAAUUUAAGGGAAUGAUUGUUCUCACCCAGGAGCCAGCAACCUUCUGUAAGCUGUGGGCCAGAACAACUAGCCUCCAGUCUGGCACAGGCUAGGUGGCUUUUGGGACUGCCUCUGGGGACAGGGCUUUCCCUGUACCCAUGCCAGGGAGCAGGAGGCCAGGGGAAGUGGCAAUGCAGAUGCAGCUCCCAGCUGCCAAGCCCCCUUUGUAGGCAAAGCCCCCAGCUGCAAACAGGCUGCUGAAACCAUUUGGCCCAUAUCUGAGUACAGCUGAGAAGGCAAGGAGAAGCAGCACAGGUGGAGCUCCUCGCCUGGAACUGGGCAGGGGCACAAGCUGCACAGACCAGGUGUCAUGUAUCCCUUUUCUAAUCUGUUGCAGCCCUUUGCCCAAUAAGUGGAUGAAAGUACAUUUCAUAGAAAUUCAUCUGUAAAAAUAGCAAGGGAACACACUCUUCAAGGGAAAUGUUUUUCAGUGGUCUGUUUUUCUUAAUUAUGCAUCUGGAAAACUAGUAAUAAUCAGGCUUCUAACAGUGCCAUAAGACAUUCAGUGGUUUUGUGUAAAAUAUCAGUUAACUGAGGGAGACAGGAACUAAUAAAUCUCUGAGCAACACUUUUAUGCAGAAUGUAGGUUAGAGGAUCUCUGCAAGCCAGACAGCUGACAUGCAGUCUCUGUUCCUGAAGAAACUUGGCAAGUUUGCUAUGCAAUAGUGGGAUAAUCUAUGAGGGAACCCAUGACUGAUCUGAGUAAGAUUUAGUUUACACAUACAGAACUAGUUUUAGCUUACAAGUCUGGAAUUUAGGAAACAAAAAUUAAUUUAAAAUACUUAAGCCAUCCAAAGAGCUCCUUUGCAGUAGAAGGGGAAUAUUUUCUUCAGUAAUGUUUAAUUCUUUUAUACACACACUCACACUUAACUGAACUUCUUCAUUUUGAAAAUGAUGAGAGAUGGGGUCUACUGGCUUCAUCAUGUUUAUUUCUAUAUUUACCUUUCAUGUGUACUUGAAAGGUUACCAGGUGAAUUACUAUAUUAACUAAUUACUCUUUAAUAGGUGUUAACUUGUGCCUUAAGAAAGUGUGUUUGUGGUUUUUUUAAAAAGCUAUGUGCUAGCAUGUACAACUGACUGAAUAGGGCAUUGAGCUAUUAAUCAUUCAGCGCAAGGCUUAGAACUACUCUGAAAUCUACCAAUCACAACAUUGAAAAUGGACCAAGGACAAACUUCUUGGGAGAAAAAUGCCAGCUUCAUAACUUGCUAGUGCUCAGCAGCAUCACAUCCAUUGCUUCCAAGAAUUAAAACUUGGCUGCCCUUGGUUUAAGUGGGUUAGUCCUACAGGAAUAAAACUGAAACUAGGAGCUGGGAAUUGAAGAGAUGCAGGGGCAGUCUGAAAAGCAAAUAUUGCAUAACUUGACAGACUGACAUGGGCAUUUAAAAAAGAUCUGAGAGAUGCAGCUGUUACAUUUUUGCAUGUUAUACAUGCUUUUGUAAUUUCCUUUGAUUUCUUAUGUCUUUAGUAUAGAACUGGCUUUCAUGUUCCAAGCAAUUUUCCUUCCUAAAUAUUUUGUAAUAAUUAAAACAAAGAAACUAUUUAUUUGGUACUAUCAUUGGACAUAUUGCACUGUUGGAGUGACUGUUUAGCAUGUUUUACAUGGCUGUGAGUUGUUGAAUGGUCGGUAUGAUAAUUUAUUAUCUAGUCUUGAGAGACUGAUUGAUUGCAAAGUUUUUUAAAUGAGAUUUAGUUUUUAACAAUUAUUUGCACACUUUCCUGAAGGCCAUAAAGCUCAAAGCAUUUGAGCCUAUCCUUAAAUAGUUAUUGUCGUCUUUCCUUGCAAUGCAAGUAUUUAUGUAAUAAUUUUGUGCCUCUUAUCCAAGUUAGUUGAUAAACUGAAAUAACACUAAAAUUACUUACUAGUUUAUAGCAGUAAAAUUAUUUACUAUUACUGUCUGCACAUUUAUUAUUCUCAAAUACUAUACUGAAAACAGGGGGUGCCAACAACCUCUUAACUUACUGAAUGGAGCAGGAAAAGAGUUUGAAGGUCUGCUGAACUUAUUCUGUUAAAAUUGUCCCUGAGCAAGUUCUCACCGAAGUCAAUGGACAUUGGCUUGGAAGUGUAGUAAGGUUGUAGAUAAUAUAGGAUAAGUAGUGCACUUGAAAUCUGAAAUGAAGGCUAAAGUUUAGUGUUUUGUCCAGAUCUUCCUAUAAAAUUCUGAAUAUCAAAAAUUGUAUAUACUGAUGCACUUGUUGUCAUAGCCAUUGAAAAACUCUUUGCAUUAUACUGACAAUAAAAUAUCCUGUUUGUUUUGUAAAA